GCAGGAAGGCGGAUGGCAGCAUGGAUUCUAGGCAAGCAGCUGCGCUGCUGGUGUUGUUGUUGCUAAUAGACUGGGGCCACGGUGAAGGACCAGGGGGCCAGGGUGAAGAUCAGAUCUUCCUGGAAGAAGACAAUGGACCCCGCCCACCACAGGAUGCCCAGACCCCUGGGUCACUCCUGCACUCCCUGCUCCAGGCCAUGCAGAGAACUGGACGGAGCCCAGUCUUCCUGUUUCAGCCUCAGAGGUUUGGCAGAAAUACGCAGGGAGUCUGGAGCAAUGAACAGCUGAGUCCCCGGGCUGGAGAUGGGCUGAACUCCCAGUUCUGGAGCCUGGCUGCCCCUCAGCGCUUUGGAAAGAAGUGACAUGUCAUCCCUUCACGUGUUUGCAUGCAAGGCACACACUCAAAAGUGCCAUGUUUUCACCCAAAUAAAGCUGUCUGCUUCUGAA